AUGAGCGGCCCUCCUCCUCCCCUUCGCAAAAAGGGUCCCAAGAACCUGCCGACGCUGCCUCUAUCGGCAUUCAGUCCUCCCAACUCGGGUGUAUCCGAGAACUUUCCCUUGCCUCCGAGCCCAUCGACCGUCCACCCAGAUCGCGUGGUAGACGCCAGUGUACGCGCGAUUCCGACGUGGAAGAAGGAGUGCACUGGCGCGAUCGAGGGCCGAGUAAAGGAAGUCGUCGUGGUCGCACCCGAAGGUGGUGUUGAUGGCGCUCUAGCUCAGGCCAAAGAGGCAGGCGUAGACGUUCUGGCAAUCCAGAUUCCCUUCAAACUUGAGGAUGGCGCAUUGCCCGAAUUGCCAUCGGCGGACGUGCAGAUCACGCUGUCCACGGCGUAUACCGCUCCAUCGGAUGCUGCCGUCCAGUCGCUACAGGCCGCCGUCAAGGCCGGAAAUGUGGUUGACAUCCAUAUUGAGAGCGGUGACGGAGGUGCUCUUGAUGAUCUUUGGGAAGGACUCGAGGAUCUGCUCACAAAGGCUACCGAAGCCGCUACUAUCGGUGAAGGCGCCAUCGUUCUCGAGAAUAUCCUUCCUCCUCCACAUGACCUCGAGCUGCCAAUCGUGAAACUCCUCACGCACCCUUCAUACCAGUCCUACCAGUCUCAUGUGGCAGCGCUGUCCUUAAUCCCGAACACCUACGCCAAGUUCUUGCCGCCCGACUGGAACGCACCCACGCCUCACACACCCGCCCCGGGGCAGGCGCUCUCACCCGAAUCCCCCGAGGACAAGCAGAAGAAGGAGUGGAAGCGUAGAAUCAAGAUGUACCUCGGCCCUGCCGUCGAAGCCUUCGGCUUUGAGCGUAUCAUAUUCGGUUCGGCUCCCUCGCCGACUUCUCGCGCCACCUCCAGUGCGGGCGAUUGGUAUGAGAUCGCGCGCGAGUCUUUCGCUGAGCUCGGUGUCGACCAAGAGACGGUCGAUGCUAUCUUUGGGAACAAUGCUAAGCGCGUGUAUGGGAAACGCUCGUAG